GGCGGGCGGGCGGACGGACAGACAGGCAGACGGGGCUGCGAGCAAGACGUAUCCCAAGUCCGCCACCCACCUGUUGAAUAUUCAGAGCUUUUAUUUGCGAUCAAGCCCCGAGUCCCUGUCGAGGAACAAAAAAGUCAAGUCUCAGGUUAGGAGGAGCAGUGCAGCCGAGAACGGGGGGGGGUUUAAGGUUUGCAGAGCAGGUAGCCAUUUCAAUGCUUUAGCGGCACACCCCCCCACCACCCAACCCACCCCCACCCCCGCCUACUCCUCAGCGGAUUUACGCCAAGAUGCCUUUGGGGCCGUGGAAAAAGAAGAACAAGUCGACGAAGGAGAGCUCGAACCUGGUGGAAAACGAGGAGCUCGGCGGCGGGCACGCGGGAGGCGCGAGCGCGGCCAAGUCCGCCGCCAACGGCGCCGGACUCCCGCCUCCACCUGCCGGCCUGCGGCCGAAGCUGGUGUUCCACACGCAGCUGGCGCACGGCAGCCCCACCGGCAGGAUAGAGGGCUUCACCAACGUCAAAGAGCUGUACGGACGCAUAGCCGAGGCGUUUAAUAUCAGCCCGCCCGAGAUCCUGUUCUGCACCCUGAACACCCACAAGAUUGACAUGGAGAAGCUGCUUGGGGGGCAGAUCGGCCUGGAGGAUUUCAUCUUUGCCCACAUCAAGGGCAUCAAGAAGGAGGUGGAGGUGUUCAAGUCCGAGGAUGCCCUGGGCCUCACCAUCACCGACAACGGGGCAGGCUACGCCUUCAUAAAGCGAAUCAAAGAUGGGAGCGUGGUGGACGGGGUGAAGGUGAUCUGCGUCGGGGACCACUUAGAGUGCAUCAACGGACGCAACAUAGUCGGGACGCGGCAUUACGAAGUGGCCCGCAUGCUGAAGGAGCUGCCCAGAGACAAGACCUUCACCCUCAAACUGGUCGAGCCCAUGAAGGCCUUUGAAAUGCUUGAGCCCAGGUCGAAGGGUGCCAAACCUGCCAGUGAGAACAAGGUCGGCACGGGGAAAGGGACCCUGAGAUUGCGUUCCAAGGGCCCCGCGACUGUGGAGGAGAUGCCGACGGAGUUCGAGGAGAAGGCGGUUCGAAAAGUGGACGACCUCCUGGAGAGCUACAUGGGCAUCAGGGACACGGAGCUCGCUGCCACUAUGGUUGAGGUGGGCCGCGACAAGAAGAACCCAGACGAAUUUGCCAUGGCGCUGGACGAGGCCCUCGGAGACUUCGCCUUUCCGGACGAGUUUGUCUUCGACGUCUGGGGCGCGAUCGGCGAUGCCAAGCAAGGACGAUUUUGAGCUCGAAACGCACCAACUUGCCUCAUACUCCCUUUCCCUUGCCGUUCCCAACACAUAGCCUCAGAAACCAACGGGAAUCAAUCCAGCCCGCGCGACGGAGGGCUGGAUGUAGUGUUCUUGAACGCCACUCCGUUCUUCAGUUAGUGCUGCACAUGGAGCUAGUGUCUUAAUGCAUUAGCUGUAGUUAAGGGGGAGCAUACACGAUGCAUUCACAUUACAUUACAUUACAUUCACAAACCCAGACAGCCUUCAUAUUACCAGAACGUGGAGCUCCAUUACCCUGUCCGUACACUUCCCCGUACCGUUAUCUGUAAGAUUUGGUCAUCAGUUGCACGAGCUGUGUAGCCUUGUCUUAACCCCCCUCAAAGACAGGAUCACUGACCGUUAUUCAGGUCACAUGACACCGUCCCGUCUGAACAAAACUAGCCGGUAGUCCCUCACACCGGGUUAAAAACACAUGCCUCCUACAAGAUGAACUGUAAAUCAUUCACUCGGUUUUAAUUGCACUUCUUUAUAACACUGGUAAAUUUGAAUAGUCACGUGACAGGUACCUCUCAGCUUUUAUAGGCUUUUUUAAACUAUUUCUUAUGUCCGAUCGCUGCGAUUUUUCUAAUGGUAGAAUUGUGUAAUUAUGUAAUUAGUGUAAACCUCGCAUUCCCCGUCCCCUUUCUACUGGUUUAUGGGCUGCUGUAGGACUUAAAAUCUAAAUGACCUCUUGCUGGGAAAACCUCGGACCUCUGCUCUCAUGGUCGAACUGAUGUCUCUUGUAUCGUUGUAUGUGGUGUGAUUUCUUUUUUUCUUUAUCUGUAAUCAUCUCAGCCUUGCCACCAUCAGUCUGCAGCCGGAAGAAGUCUGCAGAAUCCCAGCGAGAGAACGGAGGGUUCGAACACCUAAAUGACACAUUUCCAAACAAACAUUCCUUUCUUUUUGUACAUGCUCUUAGUAUGAUAGAUGCUUGUGUUGUUUUUCCUGUAAUUUAUAUUGUUUUUUCCAUGUAUGCUGGAAAGUGUGUGUGCCCCGUUGAGACGCGGCCUCGUCGUAAAACCUAGUCGAUUUGUCCCGUUUCGUGAAGGCCGACGGUCCUGAAUACGACUCGGCGGCUCACGUGCACUCACCCCGCGAGACUUCGCAUUCAAAAUCACUGAAAUGAAAUCUGAAAAUCGUGCGUGACGUCACUCCCUUUCCUGUCGUCAUAUAUCCAUGUUGACUGUUUGAGGCUUAGUCGGAUGAUUCGAGACAGUCGCACACGAGGGAUCAUUAAUGUUUGUUAGAGAAUAAAAGACGAAACUAUUAUCGUGUGAUUGAUGUUGACUAAUUUCAUGAAAUGGCAAUUAAAAUGUAUAAAACCUCUG